AUGCUGGAUAUGGCAGAGGCAUUCAAAUUCAGGCUGCUUCAAUCCACUCCUUAUUAUGCUCAAGCUAACGGGCAGGCAGAAUCAAGCAACAGGGUAAUCAUCAACAUUAUCCGAAAAAUGCUUGAGAAGAACCCAAAGCAAUGGCAUGAGAAAUUGUCAGAAACUCUAUGGGCAUAUAGAACUUCAAAGAGAGAAGCAACUGACAUGACCCCUUACGCUUAA